CAGCCCGACCCACCAUGAAGGCGCUGCUGCUUUUACUGCUGCUGUUUCUUGACCUGGGACAAGCCCAAGGACCCCUUCACAGGGUACCUCUCAGAAGGCAGCAGUCUCUUCGGAAGAAGCUGAGGGCCCAGGGCAAGCUCUCAGAGUUCUGGAAAUCCCAUCAGUUAGACAUGAUCCAGUACACCGAGUCCUGCACCGUGGAGCCAAGUACCAACGAGCCCCUCAUCAACUACUUGGAUAUGGAGUACUUUGGCACCAUCUCUAUCGGCUCCCCACCACAGAACUUCACCGUCAUCUUCGACACAGGUUCCUCCAACCUCUGGGUACCGUCAGUGUACUGCACCAGCCCCGCCUGCCAGACGCACCCCCAGUUCCGCCCUUCCCAGUCCAACACCUACAGCGAGGUGGGCACUCCUUUCUCCAUUGCCUACGGAACCGGGAGCUUGACCGGAAUCAUCGGCUCGGACCAAGUCUCUGUGGAAGGACUGACCGUGGUGGGCCAGCAGUUUGGAGAAAGUGUCAAGGAGCCGGGCCAGACCUUUGUGAAUGCAGAGUUUGAUGGCAUCCUGGGCCUGGGAUACCCGUCCUUGGCUGUUGGAGGAGUGACGCCCGUGUUUGACAACAUGAUGGCCCAGAACUUGGUCAGCCUACCGAUGUUCUCCGUCUACAUGAGCAGUAACCCAGAAGGUGGCUCAGGGAGUGAGCUGACCUUUGGAGGCUACGACUCCUCCCAUUUCUCUGGGAGUCUGAAUUGGGUCCCUGUCACUAAGCAAGGCUACUGGCAGAUCGCACUGGAUGAGAUCCUGGUGGGAGGUUCGCCCAUGUUCUGCCCUGAGGGCUGCCAGGCCAUUGUGGACACAGGGACCUCGCUUGUCACCGGCCCUCCAGACAAAAUCAAGCAGCUGCAAGCAGCCAUUGGAGCGACACCUAUGGAUGGAGAGUAUGGCGUGGAGUGUGGCAACCUCAACAUCAUGCCAGAUGUCACUUUCGUCAUCAAUGGUGUCUCCUACACCCUCAGCCCCACUGCCUACACGCUGCUGGACUUUGUGGAUGGAAUGGAGUUUUGCAGCAGUGGCUUCCAAGGCCUUGACAUCCAGCCUCCAGCUGGGCCCCUUUGGAUCCUGGGGGACGUCUUCAUUCGACAGUUUUACUCUGUCUUUGACCGUGGGAAUAACCGUGUGGGGCUGGCCCCAGCGGCUCCCUAAGUAGGCUUCUGAAUCUGUGUUGCCUCCCCAACACCUGUAGUACCUGUUAGGUUGAGGCGGUCUUUACACUUGUCAAAAUGCCAUCUUCUAAGGCCCAUAUUGUAACACGGUAGGUUAAGCAGUCUGUGAUGUUGGUAUUCCAUAUCCAUAUUGGAGUCCUGGCCGCUUCAGUUCCGAUUCAGCUCCCUGCUAAUGCACCUAGGAAAGCAGUAGAAGGUGGCCUGAGUCCUUGGGCCCCUGCCACUUACCUGGCACACCCAGAUGCCAUUCCAGACUCCUGGCUUUGACCUAUGGCUAUUUGCAGAGUGAACCAGUAGAUGAAACAUCUGUUUCUCUCCCUCUCCUUCUCUCUCUCUCACUCUUCCCUUUCAAAUAAAUAACAAAUAAAUAUUUUUAAAAGCUCAUUUUCCAUGGAAUUCAGUUAUUCCCAGAGUUGCAACUUGAAUGAGGGCUAAACACUGCAUGAGAACACACACAGUUUACACACUAAGACCUUCUCCAUGAUAGCCUAAGAAUUAAGUUGCAUGUCCAGGUAUACAAUUAAUGCAAAUUUCAACACACACACACACACACACACACACACUUCAUUGUCAUAAAUCACUAUGCACUCCCACCCAACUCGAGCAACCCACCCAUACAUACCACCCUGCUUUACCCACACCACCUUACUUCUCUCCAGCUCCACAUACUUGCAUUAUUUGGGAAUUCCUUCCAAGCCUCACACCAUUUUGUCCCAGAUAUUUCCAAUGUCCUUAAAGAUGCAGCCAGAAUUCAAGUGCCUCCUGCUGUCUUACAAAUG